AUGAGCAGUGAGCUCAACCCCGAGCAUAUUUUGCGUGGUCGAAACUUUGGAGUAUGCAAUCGCUCAUGGCCAAAUUCCAAAAGCACUCAUAUCCUCCUUCUCAUCCAACCUCCCCCGCCCGUUGACGAUGGCGUCUGCGACCACCUUCCUGGCCUCUCCGUCCCCAGCAUCCCGCUCCCGACCGCCAGUGACCCCUCCACCAAGACAGACGUCUCCACCCUCGCGGGACUCACCCUCAUCUUCGUGUACCCCCGCUCCGCCGUCCCGGGCGCGCGGGGGUGUACCCCGACGGCGUGCUCGUAUCGCGACAACGCGGCGCGGCUGGCGGUUGCCGGGGUGGCGCACCUUUUUGGCGUGUCGGCGCAGACGGCGGGGGUGCAGAGGGAGUUUCGGGAGCGGGAGCACUUGCCGUAUGCGUUAUUGAGCGACGCGGGGCUGGAGAUGGCGAGGGGGUUGGGGCUGCCUACGUUUGAGUAUGGGGGGAUGGUUGUUGAAGAUAGAUUGUUGGGGAGGUAUUGGAGUGGUAAGAGGGGCGGAGGGCUGGAGGGAGAGAACGAACGGCUCAACAAUCGUGACGGGCACGCGCAUGAUGACUUUUCGACACAACCACUGGACAACGGUGAUGGUGAAGAGAACAUUCAUAAGGAUGAACGAGAACAGCCUAAUACACCAAGCAACAAAAGUGUUCCAGAAAUCGAAACGCGACUUCUUAGCUUUCUUCAAGAUCUAACUACGCCCAGCAUCAGCAGUACCAAUGACGACGUCUCGGAACAUAAUUCCAUCAGGGAUGACAACGAUACCGUCAAAACAGCCGCCGAUGUUCCUGUCAAUGCUACUGUCAGUCCCACUGAUGAAAAGGUCGAUGCCACAAGCAGUGGAACUGCCGAGCCUGCUGUCAAAGCUGCCGAAGACACCACUGGUGCUGGCCGUGAUCUUGCGGAUGACGACGCAUCUGUCGCUGUUGCUAGCAUCGCCACCACGCCUAUGGAUGCCGGCUUGCCCGAGUAUCUGGAAGAAACGCUGGAGGAUGAUGUUAAUGUACCGUCUUUGUGGUUCCCACACUCGACGCCACUUCACAUCGCCAUCCAGAAGGGCCGCGUGAAAAUCUGCGAACAGCUGAUUAGUGCUGGUGCAGAUAUCAACGCGCGGGACGACGAUGGGGUGCAACCUUUACACACUGCCUGUUGGUAUGGCAACUCAGACUUGAUCAGGCUUUUAUUAGACAAAAAGGCUGGAACCACAGGUCCGGACUCAGAUGGAUGGUGUCUCCUCCAUUAUGCAAGCUUUUACGAUCUGGAGCCAGCCUUGCUGGACCGUCUAAUCGAGGUCGAUCGCAAGUACCUUAACAGCAAGGAAAGGUUUGAAGGUUGGACGCCAGUCAGCCGGGCUACUUGGUUUGGGCGCGAAAGUGUCGUCGACGCCUUGUUGAAAGCAGGAGUGGAUCUUGAUAUUCCAGACAACGCCAAUCGAACGCCGAUGAUAAUGGCCAUCAAGGAACAAUACUUCUCAAUUCUCGACAAGAUGGUCAAUCAUCUCGCCCUGGUUGGUUCAGAUCAUCUGUCUGAACGUGCCAUCGAUCAUCGUGAUGACGAGGGAAUGACAGUCCUUAUGACCCUGUGUGCUGCUGAACCAAGCUCUGCCUCAGUGGAAUCUCUUCGCAACUUCCUCGAAAGUUUGAGACCGAAUGCCGAUAUCACAGACAACAUUAACCAGACGGCACUCGAUCAUGCCAUGAUUAUGGCUAAGACAUUCAACAGUGAUCAUGCAAAGAACACUGCAUUAGAAAUCAUAAGAUGGUGGCCCCAGGAGACGCUUUUGCGACCGACCAUGGCAAAGAAGACAGCAUUUGAUGAUGCUUUCGACAACGAGUCUCGCCCACUGCUUGAUGCCAUGGUCAACCGCCUCAAAGAAGACGGCCCUCUGAGGGACCAGCUUUUACGCUGGCUUGCAUUGAGAGAGGAGCGUCAUACUAUCGCGAUCGACAUUCUGUCAAAGCUGGGCACUCAGGACUCCAUUGAUUUAUUGAAGUCACGAGAUGAAUGGACACUAGUCGACUGGGCGAUAUAUCGUCGAAUGCCUCGAGUGUUGCUGAAUUGUCCUGCUCUCGAUGACCGUGGCAGAAAGCGUGGUACGGGAAUUAUUGAGCAGUUGAAGCAGAUCUACCCUGCCCAAGAGAAAAAGAGAAAUACGGAUCGGAAGGACGAUUUGACCGAAAGACAAGUCCUGAACGCGAUGGUGGGUGUUCUGAGUUUCAUUCCUCGAGUGCCUAAAAAGUACUGGAAGAUUUCCAAACGUACCCCCGAAAUGACGAGAUGCUCUAAACACUUCAAUGCAGCAGCGGUCAGAUUUCACCUGCUGGAUCUGGAGGCCCUCACGUUCCAAAAGGUUGAUGAGCUUGUCUACGGCGAUUCACCCAUCAAGUUGACUACAAUCGACCAAAUUCAGCAAUUUGGUACGGGGACGAAACCCUGCACAGAAUCAGCCAGGAAAAGCCUGCCCACCGAAAGUGCCUUCACAUGGAUUCAUCUCCCUGCCACAAAUGACACCGCAGUGAAGAUCAUGAGAUCGCAGUCGCAGAAUGAGAUCAGUGACCAGGAAAAGUUGGCUUCAUUCUUGCAAGCCAGUUGGGUUCAAAUUCCCGACAAAACGUCUCCAUCCCGAUUCAUGCGGCCGCGGUACGUCAGAAUGCAGGCUGAAGAUGUUUCGGUACCGGAAACAAAUUCGGUCCAGAGUAAUCAUGCACCAGGAGAUAAUGUUGGAUCCCCGCCAGGUCCCGUUGCUCAGGAUGACGAGAAAAUGAAUUCUAGCAACUCCCUUCAUUGUCCAGCUUCAGCACUCUACAUGCCAUUUCUUGUAGUCGGGCAAUAUGAUCACGAAAAGGAACACACACACCAUGACGGCACUCCUGAGGCGACGUCCUUUCCAAGGCCUCAGUCAAUGGAGCAACCUGAACGUGCUUUUCAACGCCAAGAUCUUUUCAGUGCCUACAAAACCUCUGUCCUUCACGACUCUCCAACAUUGGACGAGCAUUAUUAUCACUUCGCUGAGGACAAAGAUUCCGCUAGAGAUCGAUUGGACCGAAAUGAAACCCAGGUGAUCACGAAAUACCUGUCGCCGGGCUCAAAGGUAGGCGGCAAGCGUCAGAAGCCUCAGAAGCCUCAAACUAUCCUACGCGUCAGCCAGUUAUGGGCAUGGACAAUUGGUGACAAAUGGCUCAUCACAUCAACCUCUUGCGCUAAGGUGGAUGAGAAAAGCACGUUUGUGGCGGAGAUUCGUGAGCAUCUCCUUCGGCGAGCGGAUGAUGGGAGUUUGAAUGGUGGAAUUAAUUCUCCACAAGAACUAAGCAAAGUUAUUGCCGAGUACUGCAUUGGGGCGUAUGAAAGAAAGCAGGAGCUCGAGAAGCAAAUCUCUGAACCUAUCAGGGACGACCAGUCGGACCCCGCGUCAGCAAAGACAAAGGUUAACGGUGGAAAAGCCGCGCACAACCAAGCUAGAACACGCGUUGUCGUUGAAGAACGAUCUAUUCGUCAAGUAUUCUCCGAUUUCAUCAACCAAAUUGGACGAAACGAAACGGAUUUGUUUCUCCAAUUCUCCAAUCAACCAGUCGAAAUGGAUGAAAAACAAGCCAAAGGCAAGAACCAGCCGCUCACGCUUACAGAUGUUCUAGAAGCAACGAGGAAAGCAGCCCGGUUUCUAUUUCAGAUUAAAGAUGUCCGUGACGAAUUGCACAUCCUCAAAACUAUCGCCGAAUAUCAGCAGAAGGUUCAAGCUAGCAUGGAGAACACGAUACCGAGCGUUAGCAAGGCGGGGUUCGAUGAGAAUAUGAAGGCCAAAUACGUCAAGAAUGACGUUGAGGAAUUGGAUAGGCUUGCUAGCAACAUUCAAGAAGCUUUACAAACAACCCUCACACUGCAUGAGAGUGAGAUCGCGAAUCGGCAGGCCAAAGAGGCUGUUGAUCAGGGAAAGAGAUUGUCACUGUAUGGUUCUUUGUUUGCCUUGGAUGUGGAAUCCUUCCUUGGAGCACCCUGGUGGUCUCUUGUCGUGAUUUGUACGGGUCCCUCCCCACUGAUACUCUUUAAAAUACCGGGUGCUAAUCUCAUCGCUCUAGUAAUUGUACCUUUGCCUUUCCUCCUUGUGGCAGUUGGAUACAUGUACGACUGGGACAUAAAAGCGUUGUCUUUCCGGGACCAAAAAGGGGAGGAACAUCCCAUCAAUUCAACUGCCAACAAGGCAUCGCGUAAAUCCAAACGCACCGGAGGCCUACGUCAUCCAAUCUCCAGACCAUGUCUAAACGAAUCUUGCGACGCUGAGGCGGGGCCUAUGCCUCCAAUCACUGCCAAGGCCUCAAAGCUACCAACACGGGUCCUCUCCAUCACUAAGGAUACAAGCAAUCAAAUAUCGGUUAGGCUCAUUGAAACAAAAGACUCAUAUGGAUCCUACUGCGCUUUAAGCCACUGCUGGGGUCCUAUCAAUAAGCAGCCGUUGCGGACAACGCUGCAAAACCUCGAGACUCGAAUGGCAGAGAUCCCAUUUGAUCAACUGCCAGCAACGUUUCGGGAUGCGGUGUACCUUGUAUCGACUCUCCAAAUCGAAUACUUGUGGAUCGAUUCUCUCUGUAUUGUGCAAGAUGACCCAAGGGAAUGGCUUCGAGAGUCCGAAAACAUGGGGUCGAUCUACAAGAACGCCACACUCGUUCUCGCCGCUGCUGGCUCGAGGGACUCGACUGAAGGGCUGUUUAUCACAAAACGCCCUCAUCCUGAAACAUUCACGUUGCCCUAUUCACCAUACUCUCUCGUUACUGGAAGGGCUACAUCUUCGCAAGGAGAGUACAACUUGGCGAUACUUCCUCAAGAGCCUGCAGCCCCAUCAUAUGGUCCACUACAUCAGCGAGCUUGGGCCUACCAAGAGUGGUACUUCGCCAACAGGAAGGUGUUGUUCAUGCCAGGGGGCAUGUCAUGGGCGUGUUCGCAUCGCGAGUAUAACGAACAAUGGAAUUACUCAAAGCCUCAAGUCCUUUCAAGUUCUUGGUUGGCACUUUUGAGCGAAUACACCGGGAAAGUCCUCACGUAUCCUUCGGAUCGACUAGUUGCGAUCCGCGGCAUUGCGACUGAAACUACUGGAGCAUCUAACCUAUUCCGCCACAUGUUCACAGACGAGAAAACCGCAUCAGCUGAGAAGAACGUUGCGGAAGGCAGGCCGGCUCUCGAGGCCAUUGAUACCAUGUUCAAGUUCGGCGUUUGGAAAGCACAACUGCUCGAACAACUUCUUUGGCUGCCGAUAGAAAUGUCUAGUGACGAUGAGUAUCUGCCAGAGCUGCCAUCAUGGUCCUGGGCCGCCUCAGGGGGUGCGAAAAGGUGGCCCUUGGGGACCUACAACAGCAUCCCAAUUAGGCCAGAGAGCCGGGUCGAUAUCGCGAACCUAGAGCUAAUGGACUCAGGACUGGUGCAAGCAAAGGGUCAAAUGCUCAGCGUGGGGCUUACUCCGCUGCAAGAAUGCUGUGUCAACCAUCUGUCCGAGGAAGUGACACAUGCCAGCAUCGCGUCAAGCCUACAACGAUCUGAAAAUAUUGAGCUGGCGUUCUCCGCACUUAACUCUGGAGAACCCGAUAAGAAGAUGAAGGAUUUCCUAAUGCGCGAUUCACACAGUACAAAGGAUGACAAGAUUAUUGGGGUAGCAAGGCUUGAUCAAGAAGUCCCGACCCACAACAUCCAGUUCCUCGUCGUGGCUUCGGUUCGCCGGCCGAUUUUUGAUAUUUGGUGGGAGACUAUCUUUCCAGGCUUCUUUGAACGCGGCUGA